CAACCGUUUGCCGUGCGAGCAUUUUGAUGACUACCUUUCUGCGUACCAACCACGAAAACGACAAUUAUGGCCAAACUGGAGAAGCAGACCGAGGAGGAGGGCUGGCGAGAGCUAGCUCGUCUGCUUCCAGUUCCCGUGCAAGAAAGCCUCCAGCGUAGGCCAAGACAUAAUCUCGACCAGGAAGAGCUUCCACGAUCCUCCUCAUCCUCCUCCAAUAACGCCAGUUCCAUGCUUCGAGACUCCCCAGAGCCAUCUGACGAGGACGAGGAUAUCUUGCCUUGCAAAACCUGCGUUGGCAGAAUUGGUCGCGAUGUAAACCAUCGCUGCAUUAUGAAGAGCGGUAGGAAUGCAAGACGAUGCAUGGCCUGCGCCAAGGGCAAUCAUACCUGCCCUGCACUCCCAGAGGGUGCGCGAACUGCUGUUAAGACCAUGAUGAGUGCAGCGAUUAAGCUCCGCGCCAAAGCUAUCACGGACAAAGAGUUCAAGAAACUCUACUCAAAAACUCGAAAGGCAAUUCGAGAUGCAGAGGCUAAGGGGGAGGAGGAUGGGGAUGUGGGCUAUCCUAAUAUUGAUCGUAUGAGCCAGGAGGAAUUGCUCAGGGCGUUGCUGCGAGAGACUCUGCGCAAAAAUCGGGAGGCAGAAAAUGGCACCAAGAAGGGUGGCAAGGUAAUCAAGUAAAACUUAGCAGCACCUUCUAACAAAUUGGUAGAAUGGCCUGGGCGGUUGGUGACGUCGGCAGGAACGAGGACUAAUCGAAACACGAAUUAUGUUCACACCGAGGGACUCGAUAGAAGAAUGGGAGAGGCCUCCCGCCACCGAAUGCCGCCGGCAUGCGUACACAUACCCUCUCAUAGCCAACGUGAGGCAUUUUUGUUUGGUCCGAAACUGGUUGUCGUGAGCCUUCACUGUAAGCCGGGACCAGUCGGAUUAAAAUUGGAGCCAAGUGCUCUUCACCGACUCAAGCCGCCGCUGCCAGCUCUUGUUUGUCCGGGGGUUGUUGUCGAUCGGUCGACGGAAUGAAUCCUAAUGGCUGGCUAUCCCGCCGGAUUGCCCGUUUCGGCGAUGCGUCGUCCCAAAAAUCUCAAAGGACGCAGCAAGCCCAUGUGCUCGAAUAC